CGUAUCUGGUGGUGUCCCACUGCUGAGUUCACGCUGCUUCCUCUACAUGCAGCAGGAGCUUACGAGAAGAAGAGAGACAGUUUGUCUCACAUCUACAUUUCCUCGUAUACUCCUACUUUGGCGACACUUGUUCGUGCAAGAAAACAGGAUUCUCGAGAUGCCUCCCCGCAACGUUUUGUUGCCAUUGGUCAAGGAAACUCGGACGUAGGGAAGCCUCUUGAAUGUGUAGCUCCCGAGCUAGCCAUUGUCACCCGGCGUCUCACGCUCGUCGCCAUGUCACUCGGCAACGCAACGGUCAAGGGUGCUUUUGAUGCGCUGAACCAUAAACAGUGGCUUCACCUGGCCUGCCACGGAAUGCCGAAUCGACAACAACCAUUUGAAUCUUCCUUCGCAAUGCGUGAUGGACCGUUGAUGAUCAAGGACAUCAUCCGAUCCAACUGGCAGAACCCACAGUUUGCAUUCUUGUCAGCUUGCCACACUACUGUGGGCGAUGAGGAGAGUCCUGAUGAGUCAAUCCAUCUUGCUGUAGCGAUGCAAUUCUCUGGCUUUCGCAGUGUGAUUGGUUCUAUGUGGUCUGUCGAUGAUAAGAUUGUACAGGAGGUUGUGUCUGCUUUCUAUGAGAACAUGGUGGAUGAUCCAGGCAGAUUGGGUUGCACACGCGCCGCGAUGGAUGGCGUUGCAGAAGGCUGUGAAGAGGUUGCAAGGCAAUAA